ACUUAUUUAUAUUUUCCAAAUUUCGAACAAGAAAAAUUAAACUCCAUCGUUUUUUUAGUUAAUUAUUUAUAAUUAUCAUCGUAUCGAAGCAUGAAGUUGAAUAAUUAAAGCUGAUUUCGAAGUUCAAUCCAACGCUGCAAAAGAAUACCUUCUACUUCACGGAUAUAUUUUCGUUUCCUUCGGUCUUGAAAAAUGGCAGGAGCUGCCUUGAGACGUUUGAUGGCAGAAUAUAAACAAUUAGUUACAAAUCCUCCUGAAGGCAUCGUAGCAGGCCCCGUCAGCGAAGAUAAUUUUUUCGAAUGGGAAGCUCUGAUAACUGGACCCGAAGGUACAUGUUUCGAAGGCGGUAUUUUUCCAGCCAAGCUUACGUUUCCUUUUGAUUACCCAUUGAGCCCACCAAAAAUGCAAUUUACUUGCGAUAUGUUUCAUCCCAAUGUUUAUCCAGAUGGUCGAGUUUGUAUUUCUAUUUUACACGCACCAGGGGAUGAUCCAAUGGGUUAUGAAACGAGCGCUGAACGUUGGAGUCCUGUGCAAAGUGUCGAAAAAAUUUUAUUAUCUGUAGUUAGCAUCCUCGCAGAACCGAAUGACGAAAGCGGAGCAAACGUUGACGCAGCUAAAAUGUGGCGUGAAAAUCGAGAAGAGUUCAACAAGAUCUCCGAAAAAAUCGUUCGUAAAUCGUUGGGAUUAUAAUUUUUUCACCAUGAAUGGAAAUUUAUUGAUAAGAGUCGUUUUUUGCGACUUUCGCCUUGUUUGUGGUAAUUUUGGGAAUUUUUCCUCCUCGAUAUUUCAUUUUUACAACUUGUCGUUGGUUUUAUUUCUCUCUGAAUCAAGAAUUCUUUUAAAAUCAUGUCCAGUCGUGUGAAUUAUCAUUACUGUAACGGUUAAUUUAAUUUAUGCGUUAUUCCUCUAUUUUAGAAUAAAUUUUUUUCUUUUUUCGUUAUUAA